AUGGACGUAUCAGCCGCAGCGCUGCCUGCAGUCGUCGUCGCCACCCCCGACAGUCUCAGUCCUGGUCGGCCUCCUCCUCUAGACGAAGUCGCCACCAGCCAGCCGGAUGACAAGGCCCAGAAGAAGCCGCCGGCAACCGCAUCCACAACUUCGCAUGUCCAUACGCCCACAAGUGCAGCCUCAGAUCCAGCCUCAGAUCCAGACUCUAGCCCAGUUAUAGCCUCUGCUACAGCUACAACCACCGUCUCUACAGCCCCGCCAGCCGCCAAUUUCGCUGUCCUGCCAAUGGAUGCUGCCAGUUUGGCUGUCGAGGCUGAAGAGGAGCUCAUCACGGCCAGUGCUACCUCAGCCUCCUCUAUCGUUACCACCAUCACCACUACCGCUCCCACCAUGACGUCUGCUCUUCCUCCAGCCGCCCCGGCUAUUCCCGCUACAACAACUGCUCCUCCCCUGCAAAACAGCCCAGUAGCCUCGCCGUCCUCUUCUCCCCCCAUUGCUGCCUUGUCGACGGCCUUGCAUGCCGUCUCCGUGCACCAGCUCCGCAACAACAACGCGCUCGGCACGGCUGCCGCCACCUCUGGCACCAAGCACGCAAAAACAACGGCCAAGGCCAUGCCUGACGGACGACACGUCUACGGCCCUACCUCCAAUGGGCGGUCAAGAAAGCCGUUGACCCUGUUGGAGCUCCCGGUUGACGUGCUUCGGCUCGUCGUCAAAGAGAUCCACCACACCAACGACCUGACUGCCCUGGCCCUCACAAACUCAACUCUCUACAGCCUCGCCAUCCCCCACAUAUACUCCCGCUUCGAUAUCAUAUGGCCCGAUCCUGCUGCCCCACCGUCCGAGGGAAAGACGGUGGACGCUCUGACCUACGGCCUCUCCACUCUCUGUCUCGGCAGCGCCUUUGCCCGCACCGUUCACCGGCUGAAGACAGACUUGGCCCGUGGCUUCUCGUCGCCGGCCGGCCGCCUUCUCGACGAGUCCCGCUUCGGCACCACCGACUAUGCAAAGUACACCCGCAAGUUCUCGCUCGGCAACGGGCCCUCCGAAUGGGUGUCCGAGUACAUGAUCAACAAGGAGAGCGGCAAGAUGCUGGGCACUCUCGUCGCCCUGUGCGUCGCGAAGAUGGCCAACCUCGAGAACUUUGUGUGGGAUAUGCGCACCGGAGUUGUGUCCGACGUCUUCAUGGCGCUGGCCGUGCUGCCCGACCACGACGAAGAGCGCAAGUGCAAGCUGGACCGGCUCUGGAUCCGCUGGCACGACAACUCGAUCGCCGGUGGCCAGCAGGCGGCUGCUCAAGCCCAAGCUGCCGCUGCCGCUGUCGCUGCCGCUGCCGUGGUCCCCAACCCUGCACCCGCUCCGGCCAUUCAGCCACCGCCGCCCUUUGGCCUUACCAUCCCACCGAUGGCCAGCAGCCUGUUCUCACCACCGCCGCCCCGGGUCCACCUCCCUUAUUCGGCCAGCCGCGUCGAGUUUCCCACCUUCAGCGUCGUCCCGCCCGUGCGAAGCCUGACCGUCCUCGAUAUCGAUGAGCUGUCCUAUGUCGACGAGAUGGCGGUGCUCAUCGAGCGGUCCAGGGACCGGCUCACCGAGCUACGCGUCGGCAUCGCCGCCCACGCCGACCGGGAGGACUUCGUUCAGACCUGGGACGACCCCAGCCUCCAGCAGGUAGACCUCGACGCCCGCUGGCCGGGAGAGAGCGUCAUCGGCAACCGGCGGCUGGGCGGCGUUUUGGGCGUCUUGGUCGGUCGUAUCUGCGACAUCCGCAGACGGCCACUCUCGAGAUUGAUUCCAAAUGGCGUCACUACCCCGGCCAGCGAGGCUGUUGCUUCUGUGCCCGGGAAUGGCGAGUCUGCGCCGUCGGACAGUGCUGCUCCUGCGCCAGAACCAACAGCAUCUGCGGCAGCUCCAACCACACCAGCAACACCGGCACAGAGAAAUGUGCCCCGUGACGGAAAGCUCAGGCUAACCACGCUCGAGCUGGACCGCGUUCCUCUGUCCAUGCCGGUGUGCAAUCGCGCCAUCGACUGGACGACCAUCACUACCCUGACCAUCCUGUCCUGUCACCAUCACGAGACGCUGUGGAGGCAGCUCAAGCGCCACUUCAACCCGAUGGCCGCAUCAAGCAGCCACAGCCCUGUCCAGUCGUCUCCGGCCGGCAGCGCCGCCAUGCCUGUCGGUCCCUCUCCGGCACGCUACCAGCUUGCGCUCAAGCACAUCCACACCGACAUCGUCUCCAAGCCGCUGCUGUCCUUUAUCAGAGACACGCUGGCGCCCGACUCGCUCGAAGUGCUCUUCCUGCAGAACCGCCGGGGCACCGAUGUCUCCAAGCAGAUCUCUAUCAGCGACAUCUUCAAGAACGCCGUGAAGCCCCACCGAUCGAGCCUCAGGAAGCUGCUCAUCCACGGCAUGUCCAUCACCGGACUGCUCCCUUCCGGCGGCCCUAACUACCGACGCCCCUGGGUCCUUACCUUUGAGCUCGUGGCUUACAUUACGAGCGGCCGUAUGGCUGGCCUUCGAGAGUUGGCUAUUUCUAUAAGCUAUCGAGAUUGGAGAUUGUCGAACCUUCCGCAGUUGCUGUCACUGCACGUGCAGCACCUUGCUCAAAAUGACGCCAUCAACGAGUCUGAGCUUGCCAUGCAGAUUGCUGUUGUAGCCACACUUUGCCCAGAAAUGCAUUUGUGCUUCAUCGGCAUUGCAGACAAGUGUUUCGAGGUCAUCGAGUCCGGCAGCAGCACGGCCAGCGGUGGAGGAACUUCGUCUAGCGCGGAGCUGUUUGCGCAGCCGACCGUGACCGCGCCCGCGGACAGCGUUGACGGGACGGACACGUCGGAUUCCGACGACGAUGACGACGAUGAUGACGACGAUGAUGACGAUGACGACGAUGACGAUGACGACGAUGCCGAUGCCGAUGGUGCAGACGAUGCCGCCAGCACGGUUGGCAUCGCCGGCGUCGUCGGGACCGCGGGCCACGACAGCGGCGACAGCGAUGCUGACGGUUUGAAUGAUGCCGACUCAGACGAUGACUCGUUCACCGAAGUCAGUAAAGGGCCCUGUCUUCACGUGCGCGAGAUAUUCUUUUACGACGACAAGGUUGCCAUCUUCAAGGCCCGGCGGGCUCGGUUGUAG